AUGGUGUACUGGAACAAGGAUGCUAUUUACGCAUUAUCAAGUUACAAAAUUUUGGCAUGGCUUGUAGGAGUGUGGCCAAUUGAUGAUAAUAUCUUUUGUUCAAAAAUACGUUAUUUGUUUGUGAUUGUAAGCGAGAUUUUGCUGAUGACAACACUGUUGAUGGAUGUCUAUCUCGCUUGCGAAAACUCCUCUGAGGAUCCGAUUGACACGUACGUGGUGGCCUCAAGCGCAAUGCUGGGAAUUAUCAAACUUACUAUGCUGCAAAUACAACGAUCCACACUUUCGAUCAAUCUAUGCUCUGCUAUUCAGGACUGGUGUGACAUCAAGGAUGCAAGUUCGCGCGAGAUCAUGAUCCAGUACGCACGCACGGCGAGAAUAAUUUCGCUGUCUCUGUUUUAUUGUGGCUUCGUCUCCCUUACAUUUUAUCUGUUGCGACUUUUACCCUUCAUAAACGCGACAGCCAACGGAAGGACGUUUGUCCUUCCGAUGACCUGUCUCUUCGAGUCCGUCUCCAAUCUCCAGUAUGUCCUCAUUACAUUCUACCAGCUCAAACUUCUGAUGAGCGACUUUCAUCAAAUCGAUCACAAGUAUAAACGCAAAGGAGGCAGUAUCAUUGAAGAAUUUGUCGUUAGACAUCGAAAGUUGUUAAAACUCACGGAAACUGUCGAAGAUUCCUACAGUAUAAUUAUUUUAACUCAGAUUUUCACCAGCGCUAUUUUAAUAUGCAUAACAGGCUUUGGACUCAUCGUAUCCUGGCACAUUCAUGACAUAGUUAUGACGGUGAAGAGCAUUAUAAUAAUGAUUGUUAUGUUGAUGCAAUGCUUUCUGUAUUCAUAUGCGGGUGAUAAUUUGAGGGAUCAAAGCGAGGCCUUGUCAUUCGCGCUUUAUGACAGCAAUUGGUGCGAUUUUUCGCCUAAUGAUAUAAGAGACUUAGCGUUUAUUAUGAUAAAAACAAAUAUACCCAUUCGUCUAACUGCUGGAAAAUUUUUCUAUGUUACACGUGCUACUUUUACGGACAUUUUAAAAACUGCAGUAUCUUACUUAUCCGCUUUACGUGUUAUGAUUGACAAACAAAAAACAAAUAGUUACUAAUAAAGAUUUUUCUUUAUCAUA